UCAAGCUUGCCCGCCUUCUCAGGGGCUUCCAUUCAUUUCGGGCCAAGACUACUGCUGCCCUCGCCCCCGUACUACUGUAGAUUUUGGAGGCAGGGCUUGGGCAGCAGUGCCCUCAGUAAAGAGACCACCUGGAGACCGUGGAGGUGUAUGCACAGGGAGUUGGACAAUUAAUUUUAUGCCUGGACAAAAGUCCAGAAACCUUGGAUGAAGUUUUAGGAUCAUCUAAGUAAUGAUGGUGUAACAUUGGAUAAAAUUCUGAAAGUAGAAUUUGGAGAUCCGAGGAUUAAAUGACCAGUAGGUUCUGGGAGGCGCAGACUCGGGUUUCACGAAGGUGUGAGUGCACAGUAUGGGGUUCCGGAGGCACAGGUUAGAUAGGGUCUAGGUGGACAGAAUAACAUUUUGAGUGAGGGCCUGGGGUUCCCAGCCCCAGGAUGCUCCCUUUUGCCUCCUGCCUCCCCGGGUCUUUACUGUUCUGGGCGUUUCUGCUGUUGCUCUUGGGAGCAGCGUCCCCACAGGAUUCUGAGGAGCCGGACAGCUACACGGAAUGCACAGAUGGCUAUGAGUGGGAUGCAGACAGUCAGCACUGCCGGGAUGUCAAUGAGUGCCUGACCAUCCCAGAGGCUUGCAAGGGUGAAAUGAAAUGCAUCAACCACUACGGGGGCUAUUUGUGUUUGCCUCGCUCUGCUGCCGUCAUCAAUGAUCUCCAUGGUGAAGGACCUCCACCGCCAGUGCCUGCUGCUCAACACCCAAAUCCUUGCCCGCCAGGCUACGAGCCUGAUGAACAGGAGAGCUGUGUGGAUGUGGACGAGUGCACCCAGGCUUUGCAUGACUGUCGCCCUAGCCAGGACUGCCAUAACCUUCCUGGCUCCUACCAGUGCACCUGCCCUGAUGGUUACCGAAAAAUUGGGCCCGAAUGUGUGGACAUAGAUGAGUGCCGCUACCGCUAUUGCCAGCACCGAUGUGUGAACCUGCCAGGCUCUUUUCGAUGCCAGUGUGAGCCAGGCUUCCAGUUGGGACCUAACAACCGCUCUUGUGUAGAUGUGAAUGAGUGUGACAUGGGAGCCCCGUGUGAGCAGCGCUGCUUCAACUCCUAUGGGACCUUCCUGUGCCGCUGUAACCAGGGCUACGAGCUGCACCGUGAUGGCUUCUCCUGCAGUGAUAUCGAUGAGUGCAGCUACUCCAGUUACCUCUGCCAGUACCGCUGUGUCAAUGAGCCAGGCCGUUUCUCCUGUCACUGCCCACAAGGUUACCAACUGCUGGCCACAAGGCUGUGCCAAGACAUUGACGAGUGUGACACAGGUGCACACCAAUGUUCUGAGGCCCAAACCUGUGUCAACUUCCAUGGGGGUUAUCGCUGUGUGGACACCAACCGUUGUGUGGAGCCCUAUGUCCAAGUGUCAGACAACCGCUGUCUCUGUCCUGCCUCCAACCUGCUUUGUCGAGAGCAACCUUCAUCGAUUGUGCACCGUUACAUGAGCAUCACCUCAGAGCGAAGUGUGCCUGCUGACGUGUUCCAGAUCCAGGCCACCUCUGUCUACCCUGGCGCCUACAAUGCCUUUCAGAUCCGUGCUGGAAACACACAGGGGGACUUCUACAUUAGGCAAAUCAACAAUGUCAGUGCCAUGCUGGUCCUUGCCAGGCCAGUGACAGGACCCCGGGAGUACGUGCUGGACCUCGAGAUGGUCACCAUGAACUCCCUGAUGAGCUACCGGGCCAGCUCCGUACUGAGACUCACCGUCUUUGUGGGAGCCUACACCUUCUGAAGACGACCCUCAGGGAAGGGUUGUGUGGGGGCCCCUUUCCUCCUCCCAUAGCUUAAGAAGCCCUGGGGGCUUAGGGAUGACUGUUCUGCUUAAAGGGACUAUGAUGUGAAGGAAAAUAAAGGGAGAAAGGAGGA